UGCGCUUUCUCUUGUUUUGUUUGGUCUUUGGGUUUCUCUAUUUGUUGGUAGCAGAGAAAUUUCUUGAGUCUCUCACUCACUCAAGAAAUUUGUAGCAAAAUAGAAGCAACAAUUUUCUCAAAGAAAGAAACGCAAUGGGUUUCGUUGGUGACACUGUCGAUUCCAUCAAAUCUCUUCAGAUCCGUCAGGUCCUCACUCAGGCCGUUAGCCUUGGCAUGAUUGUUACGUCUGCACUGAUAAUAUGGAAGGCAUUGAUGUGCAUCACUGGCAGUGAAUCUCCUGUUGUCGUUGUUCUUUCUGGAAGUAUGGAACCUGGCUUCAAACGGGGGGACAUCUUGUUUUUACACAUGAGUAAGGAUCCAAUUCGCGCAGGAGAGAUUGUUGUAUUUAAUAUAGAUGGACGAGAGAUUCCAAUCGUGCAUCGUGUAAUUAAGGUACAUGAAAGAGGAGAUACUGGGGAGGUUGAUGUUCUCACAAAAGGUGAUAACAACUACGGGGAUGACAGGCUACUGUAUGCUCAUGGCCAGCUUUGGCUGCAAAGGCACCACAUUAUGGGUAGAGCUGUUGGGUUCUUACCUUAUGUUGGCUGGGUGACAAUUAUCAUGACUGAAAAACCUAUCAUCAAGUAUAUUCUCAUUGGUGCUUUGGGGUUGCUCGUGAUAACUUCAAAAGAGUAAAGGAAGAAUCUCAAAUCAAAUUAUGGUCUGACCUCGAAGAGUACUUAUGAGCAAAUGUCAUGCUUUUUUUUAACUUGAAGGUGUCCUUUUGUACCAUUAACAGCAUAAUAUUAAGAAUUAAUACAAAGUAGUUGAAUUUUAUAAUUUAUUUUGGUUGUU